AGCUGUCUUCAAUUUUUGCUACAUUCCAAAAUGGAGAUUUCUGCGGCUGCUAAAUUUUUCUGCCGCAAAUACAUGCAAAAUAUUGCCAUAUUCGCAGUGAUAAUUGGACUGUUGUCCACGCACAAAGCUUUAGCCGAAAAGCAGAAAGAUUUUGAUCAUGAUUUCGAAGAAUUUAACGUCCAACCUGGAGGACAGGAGCACUCAAAAGAGAGGGAAUUGAAUGGUGUUGUUUGCAAGUUUACGUAUGUUGCUCAAGGAGGUACGAAUGAAAAAUGGAUAAUCACCCUAACAGAAAGUGCAGGAAUGAAGAAAUACUACUGCAGUGUCAGCCGUCCAGAAAGAAACUCCUAUCUCUUCUUCAUGAAAUUCAAGUUAGAAAUCCAGGGUGCUAAGUUAGGGAUGGGAGACGCUUCUGGGGCCGCAGGCAAACCAUUGAAGAGUGAGGAAUAUAAAGUGGAUCAUGGAAAAGAGAGUGGAACAGUCACUUCUGUUGAAGGCAAAUUCCAGUCCCAGUUGACUUCAGUCGUGAUCGAUGCAAAGGGUGUGAAGGAAGAACUCUAAAUCCUCUCUCCGGCUUUUACUUAGACAUUCUUCAACAUGACCUGUGUUUUUAUUUUGGUUUUUCUGACUGACUAUUUGUAUUGCUAACUCUUCUAUAAAUGCUGACCAAGGAUUAACAUGAUCUAUUAAUGUCAUCUCUUAUCUGACAGUGAGCUAGUUACAUGUAAGAGUUGGUCACUGCUUAAACAAUCUGUCCUUGAAAGUACCAGGUCUUGUAUAUUAGGUAGAUAUUAUGUAAUUCUGUCGGCAAAAUGGGCAAUUUAGCAAUGUUUAGUAGGGUUAGACCGCAUGGAUUUCAUCUUCAUUUCCUGCAUGAACAAUGUAUAUAAAACAUUAAACAGUCUACGGGAAAAGGAUCAUACGAAUAUCUAUUAUAGAAUCUUUUAUGUA